AUGUCUCCCGCUUUGGCCAGGUCAGCUCCCAGCGAGCUUAACCACUGGUGGAGUCAGCUGAAAUUUCGCUUUCAGCACAAGAAAGGAUGGAAUGAAAUGCUGGAUGAGACUUUUCUGCAGCAUACUAAGUGUACCAAUGACAUUCCUCUAUUCUACGCGGCGAAAAACAACAGCACGGGCUGCAUCAAAAAGUUGCUCGGCUGCUCCUCCACCAACAUCUUUGAGAGAGGCGCUCUUGGUGAGACAGCACUCCACGUGGCCGCCAUGAAUGACAACCUGGACGCCGCCGUGGCCUUGAUGGACGGCGCCCCAGAACUCAUCAACGAGCCCAUGACCACUGACCUUUUCCAAGGUGUUACUCCUCUCCAUAUUGCUGUGGUGAAUCAGAACUUCUACUUGGCACAUCAUCUGGUUAGUCGCGGGGCAGAUGUAUCCACGCCCAGAGUCACUGGCCUCUACUUUCGAAAGCGAAUUGGAGGACUUAUAUAUUAUGGCGAACACAUUCUUUCUUUUGCUGCAUGUGCUGGCAACGAAGACAUCAUUUCUUUGAUCAUUAACUCCGGGGCCAGCACCAGAGUCCAAGACUAUCGUGGUAACACGGUACUUCAUGUUUUGGUGCUGCAACCCAACAAGACGAUUGCGUGCCAGGCUAUGGACCUCAUAAUGGCCCGCGAUGCAGAGCUUGACCAGUCGGUACCGCUGGACAUGGUUCCCAACUCCAGAGGCCUGACGCCUUUUAAACUGGCAGCUAAAGAGGGCAACACAGUGGCUUUUCAGCACCUGGUUAACAAAAGGCGUUUAGUCCAGUUGAGUCUUGGACCAUUGACUUCGCACCUCUACGAUCUGAGCGAGAUUGAUUCAUGGGCUGACAACAUGUCGGUGCUGGAGCUCAUCGUGGGAAGCCCACAGAAAGAGGCCAGAAGAAUACUUGAAGUGACCCCUGUGAGGCAGCUGGUGAGCCUCAAGUGGAACCUGUAUGGAAAACAUUACUUCAGACUCCUCAUGGUUUUUUAUCUGCUCUACAUUGGAAUGUUCACACUAUGCUGCACAUAUCGCCCCUUAAAGGACAUUCCGGAGAACUACACAUCAUCAGAUAUGGACAAAACUAUCAGAGUCCAGAAAACACUGCGGGAAAGUUAUGUGACACAUGAGGACAAGUUGCGUCUGGUAGGAGAGAUCCUCAGCGUCCUCGGAGCUUUGGUCAUCUUGUUGCUGGAGAUCCCUGACAUCCUGAGGGUGGGAGCAAAACGCUACUUUGGUCAAACGGCGAUGGGUGGCCCUUUCCAUUUCAUCCUUGUGAGCUACGCAUGCCUGGUGGUGCUGCUUUGCAUAUUCCGAGCCUGCGGCGUGCAGGGCGAGGCCGAGGUCAUGGCUGUGUGUUUAGUGCUGGGAUGGACCAACGUCACGUUCUUUGCCCGUGGCUUUGAAAUGCUCGGCCCGUACGUCAUUAUGAUCCAGAAGAUUAUAUUUGGGGACCUGACAAAGUUUAUGUGGCUGAGCGUCAUUGUACUUCUUGGUUUUUCAACUUCCCUAUGGAUGGUGUACAUGACUCAGGAUCCAGAGUCCCUCCCAGCGUACCGCUCCUUUCCCAUCACGCUUUUCUCCCAGUUCGAGCUCAGCGUAGGCCUCAUUGACCUGCCGGUGGACCACACCUUCACCACGCCCCCUAUUGUCCAUGUGCUGCACUGCGCCUUCUCUGUGGUGUCUUACAUACUUUUGCUCAACUUGCUGAUCGCCAUGAUGAGCGACACCCACUGGCGGGUGGCUCAGGAGCGAGACGAGCUCUGGAGGACUCAGGUGGUGGCAACAACGCUGAUGCUAGAGAGGAGGCUGCCACGCUGCCUUUGGCCUCGACUCGGAGUGUGCGGGCUGAGCUAUGGCCUGACCGAGCGCUGGUAUCUUCGAGUGGAAGACAGGAACGACCCCAUGAUGCAGAAGAUGCGCCGAUAUGUUAAAAUGCUCACCAAUGAAGACGAAAAAGAGGGAUCGGAAAAGCCUGAUGUGAACACAAAGGUUCGACCAAGAAAUAGGAGAUCCAUGGGAGGCUGGAAGAUGAUUCGUGAAAGUGCUUUGGGCGCAAAUGUGGAGGUGGAGAUGGAUGAGCCCGAGCCUGAGGAGGAGGGAGACAUUCACUUUGUCUAA